CAUAAUAUAUUUCAAAAUGGAUUCACUCAAGAGAAGAAUUUUAUUAAGUCCUUCACAAAGAGACAAAAAGCAUGUGUUUAUCAAAGGGAAAAAGCCUCUGCACAAGCUCAGGUCAGACCACUACUCCACCCUCAACAAAAAGAGGAUAAGGAACCAGUCCCCUCUCCCAAUGUUCUCUGGAGGAACCUCCAAGCUAAUCAUGGAGGAUGUGCCCCAAAACCCUCGGAAAAUCGUGAGUUUAGAGAGAAGGUCUCCCACCAGGACCCAGGCUAUUAAUCAAACCACGAAUCUCAGUAUCCAAGAACUCCUGAAUACAAAAAUUCCUAAAAUUGAUAAAAAGAGAGUAGUACGAGGCAAAAUGAAGACAGAUCUUAAAUAACUUUCGAAAUCUAAAAAUAACUACUAUAACUAGCCCCAAUAACUCCAGAAGAAGAGAUAUUCAGAUAUAGAGGAUUUGGGACUUAAGAGAGAGACAUCGAUAUCGAAGAGACCUGGGAGAUUGAUGUCUAAUAAUAUUAUCGAGCCUAUGUCCUCUGGACUACCAAUUGUGAGACAUAAAUAAGUCAUCAAUUCUUUCACCUGGGAUCAACAGAUCAAGAUUCUCCAAGACCUCUAAAGAUUCUGAUAAGUCAGUCCCCAACAGCUUGAAGAUCAGCUGUACGAAAUAAAGAAAUAGUUGAAUUAACCAAACUUAAUAAGAAACUCGUUGAUGAAAAGUGCAGGCUCGAAGAAGAACUUCUUAUGCUCAAACAAAAGGAUACUGUUCAGAAUAUGCUACUCCAGAUGGGUCCUAACUCUUCAGCUUUCAAAGAAUCUGAAGUCAAGAACUCAUUGAAACAUUUCACCAAAGAAUUCAAACAUAUGAAGACAUUCGAAACUGAUAUGAACAAAAUGAAGGUCUCUUUCACUGCUCAAAUUGAAGACCUCCAAGAAACUCUGAGCAGUUCAUUGCUUCAAACUAUCGAGAUCUCAGAAAAGAAAGACAAAGAUAUCGCUGAUCUAGUCAAAAUGAUAGAGAAGGCCAGAGCAAAGCACCAUGAAGAUAAGAAACAAAUUAAAUGGCUGAAAAAGAAGCUGGACAAAUUUGAAAAGGAAUACGAUAAACUUGUUACUAAUCAUAACAAGCUUUUGCAAAGUAAAACUGCUAUGGACACAAAGUACUUUACAUUAGAAAAGACUCACGAGAAGGAUCUGGAUCUCAUCAAAGAUCUUAAUAAGAAGCUGUACAAAAUGGAGGUAGAAGACGACCUGAUCAACCUCAAUCCCUAUGAUCUUCAUAUGAAAAUUAGAUAUUAUGAGACUCAGAUGAACCAGAAGGACAAAGAGUGAAUAUCUAUUUUUAAAGAACUAAAGGCCAUCAAGGGAUACCUUGAGGUUCUUGGCAUCACAGUGAAAGAUCUUGAAAAAUCUGCAGCUACUGGCUACCUCAACUUAGACUCCUUCAAUGGUGAAAAUUUCAAUGUCAGUUAUGAUGGAGGUUCAAAACCUCGUAAAAAGAACAGUAAUAUUUAUAAAGCAAAAAAGAUCUUGCAUCGGAAUAAAUCCAGCAAAGUGCUUGGGCCAGAAAAGAGAGAGAAUAAGAUACUCAAACAGUCAAAGUCUCAUAUUAACUAUGAUGAGUCUGAGACUGCCCAAAACACUCUGAAACCAACUACAAAAUCUUCUUUAUGAAGAGAGGAACAAAAGAAGAAUAUGCUAGCAAUCCCUAAAAUGUGUAUAAACCCACAAAUUGUUCAACCGAAGAGGAUCAAUGAUUUUGGCAAGAAAUCUCCAGCUUCAGAUCUAGAGAUUAUGAAACAUUUGGAGAAAGUUAAAGAGGCCCAAGAACUUAGGUCUAAAAAGAAUGAUAUCUCUGUAUCAGAUAGCUCUAAUGAGGGAGAAGAAUCAGAACCCGAAUCAGACCAUUCAUUUAAAAUGCCCUCUCGCAAGAAGAAUUACGAUGAAAAAAUUAAGAAUACAAAUCAAAUAUUUGAGAGAUUGAUUAUGUAAAACUUAAAUAAGUACUAAAUCAAUGAGAAUUUAAUGCAUGAUAAUGUAUUCUUUCUAUAAACUUUCUGCUAACCAAAACUCUCCCUCCUAACUACCCUCUACAACCUCCUAAAACUCCAAAAAUCCUCUAUAACCCUAAAAUAAUUUUCUAAAAACAAUC